UUGGGCGGUUCCUUGGGGGGGGAGACUUGCGGUUUUGGCGGGGAAUUGUGAUGUUUGUAGAGCUUGGGUUCCUACUCUGGCCGCGGCCUAUAGACCGACUGGCGGCACAGCGGGUCUGAGCGGCCGAGUCUCGGGACCCAGGGGAACCGCGAGGCGGCCAGAAGCUGGAGCGUGGGCACUGGAGGGCUGCCUCCACUGCAACGGCGAGACGGAAGUCCAGCGGCGGCCAGAGCCCGGCUUCCGGGCGGUACCCGGUGCUCCGAGAGCGGCGGUCUCCGGGCUUCCGGCGCUGGCAGGCCCGGCGGGUCCUCACCGGGUGAGAAGGGGAGCUGGAUGAGACCUCGUGUGGCGCGGGGAGACCGAACCCCGCUCCGCCCCGAGGCCGCCGCGCUCCCGGAGGAACGUUCUUUCAUUCCCUUGCUGGACGCAGGGCAUAACUGUUUACCUGACAUCACAGCUCCUGCUCGCCUCGAGCCUGUGGAAGGAAACUCGGGCCGUCUGGAUUUCAGUACGCUGCUGUCUGUGAGAAUAAAGACCAAACGGCUCGUUGAUUUUCUCCGUCCUGGGUGGGAUUAGCCGAAAGAGGACUUUAGUCUCCGGUUUUGGCAUUGGGUAGGCCUCAUUACCUUAUGAAGAUGGCUGCACCUAAAAACUCCAUCCCUUCCUUAGCCGACUGUCAGUGCGGAAUCUGUAUGGAAAUCCUCCUUGAGCCUGUAACCCUUCCUUGCAACCACACGCUCUGUAACCCAUGCUUCCAGUCCACUGUCGAAAAGGCCAAUCUAUGCUGUCCUUUCUGUCGCCGCCGAGUCUCUUCUUGGGCUCGGUACCAUACCCGAAGAAAUUCUCUGGUCAACACAGACCUGUGGGAGAUUAUUCAAAAACACUAUGCAAAGGAAUGCAAGCUUAGAAUCUCUGGACAAGAAUCAAAGGAAACCGUUGAUGAGUACCAGCCAGUUCGUCUGCUCAGUGAACCUGGGGAGUUGAGGCGAGAAUAUGAAGAGGAGAUAAGCAAGGUGGAGGCUGAGCGACAAGCCAGCAAGGAAGAAGAAAACAAAGCCAGUGAGGAGUACAUACAGAGAUUGUUGGCUGAGGAGGAGGAGGAGGAGAAAAGACAGACAGAAAAAAGAAGAAGCGAGAUGGAAGAGCAGCUGAGAGGCGAUGAGGAACUGGCAAGGAGGCUGAGCACCAGUAUUAACAGUAAUUACGAGAGAAAUAUCUUGGCUUCUCCCUUGAGUUCCAGAAAAUCAGAUCCAGUCACAAACAAGUCACAGAAGAAAAAUACAAACAAACAAAAAAACUUCGGAGAUAUUCAAAAAUAUUUGUCACCUAAGCUGAAGCCUGGGACAGCAUGGGCAUGUAAAACUGAGCUUGGAGAAGACGUCUGCAAGUCUAAGGAAACUGACAGUAGUGACAUGAAGAGCCCUAUGUUGCAAGACACAGAAAUUGAAAAAAAUAUGCCAACACUUUCUCCUUGGACCUGCCUCAAAACUCAAGAACGAGGUUCGGAGUCUUCUGCAGAGUUACCUGUGCCGUGUGUAGGAGACACUGAACAGUGCCUUGAGGGGAAAGUUGGAACAGUAUCAACUAAUCCUGAUGAUUUAUGUACUGUAAGUGAUGAUGGAUCUAGAGCCACAGGUUCUUUCUCUAAUGAAGCUGCAGUUAACCCCUCUGGCAAAGUAGAAAACGAAGAGUACUCUAUGCCAGGUGUGACCCAGUUAACUGAGGGCAACAGAGUUCCAACAGAGAGUAGAGUGUAUCAGUUACUAGUUGGAAAAGAAAUUUCUGAAAGAGAAAACCAGGAAUCUGUGUUUGAAGAAGUCAUGGAUCCAUGCUUUUCUGCAAAAAGAAGGAAAAUAUUCAUCAAAUCCUCAGAUCAAGAAGAAACAGAAGUGAAUUUUACACAAAAACUAAUAGAUUUAGAACAUAUGCUUUUUGAGAGACAUAAGCAAGAAGAGCAGGACAGAUUGUUAGCAUUACAACUUCAGAAAGAGGUAGAUAAAGAGCAAAUGGUGCCAAACCGGCAGAAAGGAUCCCCAGAUCAGUACCAGUUACGUACAUCUUCACCCCCAGAUAGGCUGCUGAACAGACAGAGGAAGAAUUCCAAAGAUAGGAACUCCCUAAAGCAAACUAAUGCAGAUCACUCAAAAUCUCAGAGGAGCACAAAAGGUGACUAUUGGGAACCCUUUAAAAACACAUGGAAGGAUCCAGUUAACGGAACAAAGAUACCAGUUUCUACUCAAGAUAACUGUAAUGUGUCUAAAAAUGCCUAUUCCCUACAGCGUAGAAAUUCACAGAAAAGCAUUUUUCAAAUGUUUCAGAGAUAACCUAGCAAAGCGUGGGGAAAGAGUUCUACAACCCAGUAAAGCUGUAUUGCAAAGCUAGCCCUUCUGUCACAAAGUCCUGAGAUGUGUCCUUAGUUUCUGCUCAGCAAGCGCACCUACUCUCUUUGAGGUAUGGUUACAAAGAAAGAAUUUACAAAAGCGUUUCUGCAAAACUCAGCUAUAAGGAAACGUCCUUGAGGACUAUCUCCAUUGUCAAUAGCCGCUGUGUUCUAAGUAUGACAUCUUUACAGGUAGACAUCUCUGAAGAUGCCAUAUCAGGUGCCAUAUCCCUUUCCAAAACUUUAUGGCUUUUUUUUCCUUUUUUAAAUGAAUGGGUAAGGAGCUCACUCAGGUAUCUUCUAUGACACUAAUUAGUUCCCAUCCUAGUUUUGAUUCUAAGUAUUUUAGCAUUUCCUUUGAUUUAAAAUAGAUUAGUAUUGCACUUGGGAAGCAGAGGCAGGCGGAUUUCUGAGUUCGAGGCCAGCCUGGUCUACAGAGUGAGUUCCAGGACAGCCAGGGCUACACAGAGAAACCCUGUCUCAAAAAGGAGAAAAAAAUAAUGGAUUAGAAUCAACAUCAAUUGGUUAUAGAAAAGCUGCUGGAUUGUUAAUACAAGGGUUUAAGAAUGGCACGGGCUGAGUGGUGGAUUGGUAGGCACGAAAUCCCUGGAACUGAAUAGGUAAUCAGAAACUGGGUCCAGCAUGAGCACCCUAAAGUGGCAGAAAAUAUUUAGAGUUUACAGCUUUUCCCUCCAUGGCAUCUUAGUGUGAAGGGGCAAAUUGGUAUAUUUUUACUGAUCUCUUCUAGAAAAAAAUAAAUUAUUGUAAGAAAAUUAUACUGUGCUCUGCUGUUGAAUAUCUGGCAUUCCGUUCUUAUUGCUCAUGGCUCAGACGUAUGCUUGUCUUUGCACACAGAUGGAAAGUUGGUGUGUGGGGUUUAUCUUGGAUUACCCUGGGAUCCAGACGCAUCUUGUAAAGUUGAGCUCCUGCUAUCUUUUGUUAAGAAAACUUAGCAAGCUGUAGUUUCAGUAGACUCUCUUCUGGGGUUCUGGCUCCAUUUAUGUCCUGUGUGAACAUAAUAAACUGUCCUAAUGCAGUAUUUGGCUUUAUC